AUGCCCACAUUCGACCACUCUCGUUAUUCUCCGACCAAGCAUCUCAUGCUUCCUCUCGGAUCCAAACCCAUCAAUGGUCGUUUAAUUCUCUUCAUUCUAGGUGCUUCAAUUUUUUUGAAUUUAGUCUUGUUAAUGAUGUGGACCUCUCAUUCAAAGUCUUCUUCAUCAUCAACAACAACAAAUUCUGACACUCCAUCAUCUUCCAUGUUCAAAUCCUCUGAAAAAGAAGACACAACCUUGUCAGAAAAACAACAACAAGUGACUACUAAACCAACAACAACAAUACCACAACUAUUAGGUAGUAGUAGUAGUGCCAUAUUACUUGAAAAGGUCAUUGAAAAAGAAUGUCCAUAUGCAAGUGAUUUGAUUGAAUUUGAAAAGAAUCAAUUCAAAUCAAAGGAUAAGAGUGAAAUGUGGAAAAUUUUAAAAUUAAUGACUUCACAAGAAGAAAUGAAUCAUCACUUGAGAAAUGGAGCAAAUAGAGAUUCAAUUAAUUUUGGAGUUCCUCACAUUGUUACGGCCACUUCAAGUGAUUAUUUUGAUCGAUUGGAAAAUUUUGUUGGUUCUGUUCACAGACUCUAUGGUGGCCACAAGGUAACUUCAAUUAACUCUCAAGUCACAUCACCUCCAGAUCAUCCCAAUGAUGAAACAAUUACUAGAAUUGGUAAAACAUUUACAUCUCAUAUGAAAUCAAAUUAUUGGCUUGUGUGGAAUAGUGUCACAACCUCAGAAAAUAGACCAAUUCUUGUCUAUGAUUUGGGUCUCACUAAAGAACAACGUGAAAAAGUUAAAACAUGGAAAAAUGUAGAAUUGGUGACCAUUAAUUUUGAUUUAUUGCCAAAUCAUUUCAGAAAUUUGAUUAGUUUUGCUUGGAAACCUCUUGCUAUGUAUCUCGCUCUUCAAAGAUUUCCAUCCAUCAUUUUCCUUGACAGUGGAGUUGAAUUAUGGAAUCGAUUGGAUCGUGUGGAAGACAUUCUCUUCACAAAAGGACAUUUUCAUGUCGCACAAGAAGGAUUGCAUACUUCUUGGAAAUGCUGUGGAACUGUUGGUGAAUUAACACACGAUAAAAGUUUUGAGUAUUUGGGAUUGAAACGUGAGGAUUAUCAUUCCAAAGAAAUGUGCAGUGGUGGAAUUCAAGGUUAUAUCAGAGGUUCAUAUUCCUAUCGCAAUGUAUUAAUUCCUACUUUGGAAUGUGCAUGGGAUGAAAAUUGUAUUACACCACCUGGUUCAAGUCUGAAAAAUCAUCGACAAGAUCAAUCCAUCUUUUCACUUCAUAUUCACAAAGCAGGAAUUACAUGUGAAAAAGAUGUGCGAUUAUGGGGUAAUCCUGGUAAUCGUGAAGGUGUUCCAGAUAAUGAAAUUGUGAUUUAUUUGAGAAAAGGAGAUAAGACAAAACCUUAUAUUUCUCUUGUUGAAAAGAAGAAGAUAUUUGCUACUGUUAUUCCAUUCAUCGAAAGACAAUUAGUAUCAGUGUUACAAAAUAUUGAUCUUUGGAAUACUCCAUAUUAUGUACCAUGUAAUGAGGAUGGAAUACUCCAAGCAGAGGAAGAAUUUGAUUCAGAUUUAAUUUUCUACUCGAACAAGAAACGAAAUGAGAAAUUGGAAGAACAAAUUCUCGAGAAAAUUAAUGCUGGAUCCACGACCUCACACACAUCAGGAAAACAUCCCAUUCUUAAAUGUUUUAGAAAUAUUGUUUUCAAGUAUGCAGAUUUGAGUGCUGAGAGAGACAAGUAUCCACAUGGACCUACCAAUCAAUUCUAUGAUUUGAUACAUGAUCCAACCUUUCACUCAACUUAUGAUCACUUUUUCUAUAUGGAGCCUGAUUGUAGAGCCGUUAGACCUAAUUGGCUGGAUGCAGUGAAAUCCAUCACUAAAGAAUAUUCAAUUUCAAAACCAGAUUUUUGGUACAUUGGAUCAAAUUAUAGAGGUGAUUACGAUUUAGGAACUCAGCUUCAAACUAGAUAUCACAUCAAUGGAAAUGCUAUUUAUUCUACUGAUGUUGCAUUUAGAUCCUUCCUUAAGCAUGUGGACAGUGUGUUUCAUUUUUCAUACGACACGGAUCCAUUCGUCUUUUUAUUUGAUCCAAAACACUAUGAUUUCACAAAGCACAUUUGGAAUCGAAUUAUUUUCCAUGAUUUUGUUCAAAAUUGGUGGCAUGCAAAUUGGAAUGAAAAGUCGUUGAGAGACUUGUAUCCUAGAACUUACUUUGUUCAUGGUGGUAAAAAGGAAUAA